AAAUCGGCCACCCUGCUUCCUUACAUCCAAUAUCAGCGACAGAACUCUGCGCUUGCAGUAGACUGACUGUAUUGCACUAGACUUCCAGCAGCAACAUAUCAGAGCACAGACCUGUCCUUCAACCUUCUGCCGUGUCCGAUGGAUGGGACCGACCACCAUCACCGCAGUCAUUCAUUCAUUCAGCCAUUCAGGGUCUUGUGGAGAGAGCUCGCUGACACCGAGAAUCCAGGAGCACUUCGAUUUCCGACAGCCCCCGAUGGAUUGCAGCUCCGAGUCUGUAGCAACCAUCUUCGCACAAGAACGCACGCCAGGCCCAAGGUCCGAGCAGUCCCUAUCCUUUUUUCAACCGCCGCCCCCGACCGGGCUCGGAGGCUGCGCUCUCUCCAUGGCUUUGCCCAACGAGUGAGUGAAUGAGUGUAGUCCGACGGAACCAGGUCCCAGUAAACAGCAAGCAACCAAGGCAAGUCACGCGGAGCCGGCGUCCGGGAUUCCGUCAGGCUCGGGAUCAC